UUUUGUUCUCGUGGCCUCAAUUUUUCAAUCGUAACGCAAAAAUAGAUUUGCGCAUACAGUUGACUCGAACUCUUAGAGGGUGGCUCUAUAUUAAUUUGUGUACAUUUGGUACCCUCUAUACCACCAUUGAAACCCAAAACACACUACUGGCUAUUUUGAUAUAAUGGCAACUCAUUUUCAGCCACUAAAUGAUGAUUUGAACAAUCAGAAGUCUACAAAGGGUUACUAUGAUACUAAAUUCCAUACAGAUCUACUUCCAAAUGUAAAUAACAGUAAGGACACAGAAUCUUAUAUUAACGAGUUUGUUAAAAAACUUGUUUCCUUUUUGACAAUUUCUAACAAUCGAAAUGAAAAGAUAAUUGAUUUUAUGACUCCAGAAGAGUUAAUGAAGCUUUUUGACUUCAGUUUGCCAGAUUCCAAGUUGUCUUUGGGUGAUUUACUUCAAGCAGUUGAUACAAUUUUGAAGUUUGUAGUCAAAACAGCACAUCCUCGUUUUUUUAAUCAACUUUGGGCUGGUGUUGAUGUAAACUGCUUGUUAGGAGACUGGAUGGCUUCAGUCACUAAUACAACUAUGUUCACCUUUGAAAUGUCACCUGUUUAUAUUCUCAUGGAGAAGUUUAUAGUAGAGAAGUUUCUGACUGUUGUAGGUUAUGAAAAUGGCGAUGGUUUCUUUUUUCCAGGUGGUUCACUUAGCAAUAUGGAAGCAAUUGUUCUUGCGCGACACAAGCGUUGCCCUAAUUUCAAGCGUACCGGCUACAAUGAGAAAAAACUAGUUUUGUUUACAUCAGAGGAAGCACACUACUCAAUUAUAAAAUCAGCUGCAAUGAUUGGAAUUGGCAUUGAUAAUGUUAUAAUCAUCAAAACUGAUGAGCGGGGAAAGAUGGUCGUUUCAAAUUUAGAAGUGGAAGUUCAAAAAACUAUUAAAAAUGGUGGUGAACCUUUUUGUGUGUGUGCAACUGCUGGAACAACUGUUGUUGGAGCUUUUGAUCCUUUCAAUGAAAUUGCAGAUGUUUGUGAAAAAUACAAUCUGUGGAUGCAUAUUGAUGCUUGCUGGGGUGGGGCUUCACUGCUAUCUAAAAAACACAAGCAUCUUAUGGAUGGAGCACAUAGGGCAGAUUCUAUAUCCUGGAAUCCACAUAAAAUGAUGAAUGUUUUAUUGCAAUCUUCUAUCUUGUUAACAAAAGAAAAAGAUUUGUUUAGAGUACAGAACAGUUUAAAUGCAUCUUAUCUUUUUCAAAAAGAUAAAUUACUUUAUGAUGUAUCUUGGGAUAUAGGAGAUAAUACAUUUCAAUGUGGUAGACAUAAUGAUAUUUUAAAGUUAUGGUUGAUGUGGAAAGCAAAAGUAAGACAAGAGGGUACUUCUGGCAUUGAAGAACAAAUUGAUCAAGCAUUUUCAAAUGCCAAAUACUUAUCCAAUGCCAUUAAAAAUAAAGAAAAUUUCAAGUUACUCUUUGAACCUGAGAGUUGCAAUGUUUGCUUCCAUUAUAUUCCACCCAGUCUCUUAUCUAUAUCCGAUCACACAGAAAGAACAUCAAGACUAUCUCAGGUGUGUCCCAUGAUAAAGAAACACAUGACGCUUGAAGGGACUCUUAUGAUUAACUAUCAGCCUCUGAAAGAACACUGUAACUUCUUUCGGAUGAUAACUGUUAAUCCUGCUGCUACUCAAUCAGAUAUGGAUUUUGUUCUUGAAGAAAUUGAAAGGCUUGGGAAGGAUUUAUAGUUUGUAAUUAGGGCUUUUACAUCUUUUAUAGUUAUAAUAUGUAUUUGUUAAAA